UUCAAAUAAAAGAAUUAGAGGUGGACUGUUAAGAAAGAUCUACAGUUGGUAAAGACAUUUUAUCUUCCACCUUUGUUAUAUCUGGAAGGAAGGGAACAGUGUUGUCAAUAAGGAACAGCAUUGUGUAUAAGGAUUAAUUUUCUUUCUCCACAAGACUGGACAUCCUGGCAGCAGGAGGAACUAAUCUAUAGACUGUGCAAAAACAGAUUUUAAAAUCCAUAGCACAUGGUUUUACAUCAUGUGCAGAUUUCCAGCCUUCAUGUUCUUCUUUUUGGGGCUGCAACUUCCCAAAGCAGAAGGCAGCUGUAUCUUUGUAGAGGCCCAAAGUCGCUGUAUUUGUUCGCUUCUAAACCAGUCAGAAUUAACAAAUGUCGCUGUAUGCCUUCUAGCUGCUGAGUAUGAACUCAAAGGAGGAAAUCUGGAACAGUUUGUAGGCUUUUCUGGAAUCAAGCCAGAUUCAAAUAUAGUCAACAUCCUGGGAGCUGUACAAGUAAAAAAACUCAUCUUUACUGACCUCUUUGUGCCGGAGGUUCUCUUACCAGGAGCCCUGGAAUUUAUUUCCUAUACUCCUCUUGUUUCAGAACUUGAAUUUGUUAAUUGCACUUUCCUUAGACUUGCACGCUGGCAAUAUACAGGGCCCUUGGACCUGAAAGUUACCUCUCUUCGUUUCCACAAAGUGAUUGCUGCCCCUCUGGAUGAGAGAUUUGAUAUAUCCAGUCUGAACAGGUGGCUAGAGACCCUGGAGAAUCUGACACUGACAGAGUCACAAGUUACAUCUAUCCCUUGCAAGGUUGGCAGAGUGUUCACAGCACUGCAUUUUUUGGACAUUUCAGGAAACCAUUUCCAGGACCAGAGCAUAAACUCAACAUUCUGCAAAGGUGCUUUCCCACAGCUCCAAGUAUUAAAACUAAAUCACAAUAAUUUGACCUCUUAUGAGACUUUGUGCAAGACUCUUAGCAAUUUCGGUAUGCUUACUCACUUAGAUUUGAGUCAGAAUGACUUCCUGUCUGGAGCCUUCUCCUUCUAUUGUAUGUGGCCACAAUCACUUCAGAUUUUAAAUUUGUCUAACACAGGAUUAGGACAUAUAGAUAGAUUACUGCCUCCCAACAUUAAGGUAUUAGAUCUGAGUGCCAAUAACAUCUUUACUCUAGAUCUCUCACACUCUGGUUUGAAAGAGCUCUAUUUGUCCAAUAAUAGACUGCAGACAUUCUCAUUAGUCCAUCAGCUUCCUAAUCUGGAGGUCCUGAAUUUAGAUGGAAACUGCAUGUCAAGAUUACGGAGCAAGGAUCUACUGUAUCUGGAACAUUUACAGAGCUUAAAGGCUGGCCACAAUCUCUAUAACUGUUCUUGUACUUAUUAUAUCAGAGAAAUCCAAGACUUAGCAGCCAAAGAAUCAUUGCUGCUUGAUUGGCCUCAGGAUUAUGCAUGUGAGUCCCCUCCUAUUUAUCAGGGCUAUUUGGUAAAAGAUGUACCUCUGUCACUAUUACAUUGCAACAAGACUUUGAUGAGUCAAGGCUCAGUAGUCAUUCUGUUGAUGUGUCUUUCCUUUGUUCUUCAUUUGCUUCUAGUGUAGCCAUGAGAAUGCUAAUUGCAAUGCUUGUAAGCAGAACCCAAUUUAAUGUCAUGUAAACUGAAGAGCUAGAGGAUGGGACUGGUUAAGCAUUUUUCAAAAAUGAUAUCAAUAUAGAAUGGUAAAGAACAGCAUGCUAAUUUGAAAAUAUUUCAAGUUGACAUUUGUUUGUCAUCAAGUCUCACCAGCUGGCAGGACAACCACCACCAGUCACUCUCCUCAAAGUCAUGAGGGGUGUUUGGCUGGGUGUUUGGAACUCAUAAGUCUCUUCAGGCUUUUGCAAAAGAAUGAAAUAGUACUUUGCACUUCAACAUGGUGACUUAACUUCCCAGAGGUUAAAACUAAAUAUCAAGGGGGGUGGACACAGAGUGAA